AUGGCUCUGGCAUCAGACAGCACCCAGUUUUUACUACACAGGGUUGAUGUGGCAGCUGAUGGCCUCCCCGCAUAUCAUCCAAAUGCCACAAAGCCGAUCUUUAGAAAGUUCAAGGAGAAAGGCCUGUCAAUGGCUAUCGAGAUACUUGAGACACAUGGGAUCAGACAGUUCGUGUUGAAGCUUUAUAUUGACACAUUGCUUGGCCAAUGCUCAAAAGCCACACUCCCCAUUGGCCAUGUCAACUUGACGAGAACCCUAGAAACUCUUGGACAUGAAGAUUAUGGACAGAAGGUCAUCAGAACAGCCUAUAAGGAGCAUCCCAAAGGGCCACUCUUUCUAAUCACUUUUGGGACGGCAAAAUGCAAUGGUUCACUAAUUGUGAGCCGCUGGCAAGGAAUCCUGAAGAAUGUUGAAGACCUGGACCGGCUGAAGAGGACCCUGGACCCUAUUUUAGGAUAUGGAAUGAAAUUACAUCCCCCGGCCAAUCAACUCAUCAACUCAUCUAAUCAAAAAAGCAGAGCCCCUUCAUCAUCAGCCACUGCCACCCCAAUUGUGCACACCAGUCCUACUGAUCCCUCCAGCACCCUCCCCCAUAAAAUUGAAAUCCUCCGGAAAUCUCAGUCCAUGAGCUCUUUGGAUCAUCUCCAACCUCAUGAGUUCCAUGAGCUUAUGAAGAGGGUAAAUAGAAGUCAUUCUUUUGAUAAAGCAAUUGAAAUUGUCAAAGCCCACAAAGGUCAUCAUGUUAUUCAGUCUUGA